GUGACGGGUGAAUUUGUUGACAGCGGAGGCUGUUGCGGGGGGAGGGGGGCGGGAACGGACCCUGAGGAGGACACAGACCCCCGACCCCGGGGACCGGAACCGGAACGAACCUGGAUCCCCUCUACCCAGGGAGCCGGGCCGGGGCCUCGGUCCAGGGACAGAGAGAGACCUGAUUUUGCUAGGGAUCAUUCUGCAAGCUGGUGAAACAGCUCAAAAUAUCUUUGGAGGUCAUUGCCAUCUGAUGAAGCACAGUGUUAAUGUGAAUCUUAAGUGAGGCUGUUCUGGAGAUGUUUUAUGGGAUGUCCUGAUGUCCCUGUAAAUCCAGCAAGGAUUCUCCACAGGCUGGGGGCAGGGGUCCAUUGAAUUGAAAAGAUUCCAUCUGCCACAGUUCCCUGCUCCCCCUCCUUACUACGCUUGUACCCUCAAGAUGGCAUCUGACAGCCCAGAGUCGCUGAUGAUACUAUGCACAGAUUACUGCCUCCAUAACCUGGAGGGGACGCUCUGCUACCUACUGGACAAUGAGACCCUCCGGCUUCACCCUGAUGUCUUCCUGCCGAGUGAGAUCUGUGACAAGCUCGUCAACGAGUAUGUGGAGCUGGUGAAUGCAGACAGCAUCUUUGAACCCCACGAGAGCUUCUUCACCCUGUUCUCAGAUCCUCGGAGCACCAGGCUAGCCCGAAUCCAUUUGCGGGAGGACAUAGUACAGGACCAGGACCUAGAAGCCAUUAGAAAGCAGGACCUUGUUGAGCUGUACCUGACUAACUGUGAGAAGCUGACAGCUAAGAGCCUGCAGACUUUACUGAGCUUCAGCCACACUCUAGUUUCUCUUAGCCUCUUUGGCUGCAGUAACAUCUUCUAUGAGGAAGAGAAUCCAGGAGGCUGUGAAGAUGACUGCUUAGUGAAUCCCACUCGUCAGGUCUUGGUCAAGGACUUUACCUUUGAGGGCUUCAGCCGGCUGCGUUUCCUGAACCUGGGCCGUAUGACUGAAGGGGUGAAUGUGGAGACAUUGCUUCGACCUUUGGCCUCCCUCACUGCCCUGGAUCUCUCCGGCAUCCAGCUCAAUGAUGUGGCAUUUCUGACCCAGUGGAAAGACAGUCUGGUUUCCUUAGUGCUUUACAACAUGGACCUUUCAGAGGAGCACAUCCAAGUGAUCGCACAGCUCCGCAAGCUCAGGCACUUGGAUAUUUCCCGAGACCGUCUGUCCAGCUAUUACAAAUUCAAGUUGACCCGGCGGGUGCUGAGCCUGUUUGUGGAUAACCUGGUAAACCUCUCCUCACUGGAUAUCUCAGGGCACACCAUGCUGGAGAACUGCACCAUUUCGAGCAUUGAGGAGAAAGUGGGUCAGGCAAGCACUGAGCCCUCAAAGAGCAGCAUUGCCCCCUUCAGGAAUCUGAAACGACCGCUGCAGUUCUUGGGCCUCUUUGAGACCUCUCUUUGCCGUCUGACACAUAUUCCAGCCUACAAGGUGAGUGGGGACAAGAACGAAGAGCAGGUGCUGAACGCAAUUGAGGCGUACACGGAACACCGGCCUGAAAUCACAUCUCGAGCCAUCAAUCUUCUUUUUGACAUCGCCCGCAUCGAGCGCUGCAACCAGCUGCUGAGAGCACUGCAGCUGGUGAUCACAGCACUCAAGUGUCACAAGUACGAUAAGAACAUCCAGGUGACUGGGAGUGCAGCACUUUUCUACCUAACAAAUUCAGAGUAUCGGAUGGAGCAGAGCGUGAAGCUGCGACGUCAGGUGAUCCAGGUGGUGCUGAAUGGCAUGGAGUCUUACCAGGAAGUGACAGUGCAGCGGAACUGCUGUCUGACACUGUGUAACUUCAGCAUCCCAGAGGAGCUGGAAUUCCAGUACCGUCGUGUCAAUGAGCUGCUGCUGAACAUCCUCAAUCCAACUCGGCAGGAUGAGUCCAUCCAGCGCAUCGCUGUACACCUCUGUAAUGCCUUGGUCUGCCAAGUGGACAAUGACCAUAAGGAGGCUGUGGGCAAGAUGGGUUUUGUCAUGACCAUGCUAAAGCUUAUUCAGAAGAAGCUGGUGGAUAAAACAUGUGAUCAAGUGAUGGAGUUCUCCUGGAGUGCCCUGUGGAAUAUCACAGAUGAAACUCCCGAUAACUGUGAGAUGUUUCUCAACUACAGCGGAAUGAAACUCUUCCUGGAGUGCCUGAAAGAGUUCCCAGAGAAGCAGGAGCUGCACCGUAACAUGUUGGGGCUUCUGGGAAAUGUGGCGGAGGUGAAAGAGCUCCGCCCACAGCUCAUGACCUCCCAGUUCAUCAGUGUGUUCAGCAAUCUGUUGGAGAGCAAAGCAGAUGGGAUUGAGGUAUCUUACAAUGCAUGUGGAGUUCUCUCCCACAUCAUGUUUGAUGGCCCAGAUGCUUGGGGGAUCUGUGAGCCGCGCCGAGAAGAAGUAGUAGACAGGAUGUGGGCAGCCAUCCAGAGCUGGGAUAUUAACUCCAGAAGAAAUAUCAAUUACAGGUCAUUUGAACCAAUCCUUCGACUUCUUCCACAAGGGAUCUCACCUGUCAGCCAGCAUUGGGCUACCUGGGCUCUGUAUAACCUUGUUUCUGUCUACCCUGACAAGUACUGCCCCCUGCUGAUCAAAGAAGGUGGAAUGCCUCUCCUGAAGGACAUGAUUAAGAUGGCUUCAGCACGGCAGGAGACCAAGGAAAUGGCCCGGAAAGUUAUAGAGCACUGCAGUAACUUUAAGGAGGAGAACAUGGACACUUCCAGAUAGAGGCAGUGAUCUAACAACGCCUCUUGCCAGCACUGUAUCCAGCUUCUCUCUAAUUCACUGUAUAUAGAGAGGACUCUUUCUCACCAGCGUGGCUGUUGGAAGGAAAGCGUGUGUGUGUGUAUAUGUAUAUGUGUGUGUGUGUGUGUGAGAGAGAGAGAGAGAGAGAGAAAGAUCCUCAGUAGAUGAAGGUGCACAGGGGUGGGGGACUUUUGCACAACAAAUGCUUUCCUUAAAUUAGUGGGGUUUUCGUUAUAAAGUACGGAUUGAAGUUUUGUGUAUAUGAUUUCUGUAUAAAAAACAAAAAAAAUCAUGUAUCUUUUGACCUUUUUUAGACCACAUGAGAAGCCUCAAAUGAAUGUGAGCUUGAAGAUCUA